AUGCCUCCUAAAAUCCAUUUAGUGAGACAUGCACAGGGAUACCAUAAUCUCGGUAUUGAACACAUGAAUAUUCACGAUCCUCUCUUGACGGACCAUGGAAAGAAGCAAUGCCACGAGCUUGGUCGGAAUUUUCCAAAUCUCUCCAGCAUUGACUUGUUAGUGGCGUCCCCUAUGCGUCGGGCAAUGUAUACUGCCUUGGAGGCGUUCUUGCCGGAUUAUGAGAAAACUGAAGGGAAAAAGUUGAUCGCUCUUCCUGAAUUGCAAGAACUCAGCGACAUGCCAUGUGAUGUUGGUAGCAGUCUGGCAGAUCUGAAAGCAGAGAUGGAAGCACAAGGUGCUCCUGUAGACAUUAGCAAUCUUGAAGAGAAUUGGACCAAGAAAACUGGAAGACUUGGAAUCACCCGAGAGAGAAUCUUCGAAAGAGCUCAAUAUGUCAGACAGUGGUUGAUGGCGAGACCAGAGAAAGAGAUUGUUGUGGUUUCCCACGGCGGGUUCCUUCAUUUCCUGACAGAGGACUGGGAGGAAGGAUGCAACGGCAAAGGUAAGUUUGGCAAGCCCGUGAUUAAGAAUCCCGAAGAUUCCUAUCUUACAAGGCCAUUUCAAACUUACCAAUAUGAGACAGGGACGGGUUGGUUUAACACGGAGUUUCGCACAUACGAAGUCGAAACCAUGGCAAAUGGCCAUGGCCAGAAAUGCCAUGAAGGAUCCAGUGAGAUCAGUCUUAGAGAAACGGUCGAGUCACGUCGCCGACGCGGGAAACCGGAUUUGGCACCUACUCGUGCGCAGCAAAAGAUCUUAUGCGAACAAGUGCUAGAUGGUUGGGCCAAGCAGGGAUAUUCGAUCCCCUCAGAACACGGCAAUUAG